AUGGCUAUGAUAACAAACAACAACCGCAACAAAAACACCAGGCUCCCACCGGAGGUGAAUCGAGUGAUCUACGUUCGUAACCUUCCGUUCAACAUCACGAGCGAGGAGAUGUACGAUAUCUUCGGCAAGUACGGCGGGAUUCGCCAGAUUCGGAUCGGCUGCAACAAGGACACGAAAGGAACGGCCUUCGUCGUCUACGAGGAUAUCUACGACGCGAAGAACGCCGUCGACCAUCUCUCCGGCUUCAACGUCGCCAAUCGCUACCUCAUCGUCCUGUACUACCAGCACGCGAAGAUGAGCAAGAAGGUCGACCAGAAGAAGAACGAAGAAGAUAUCGCCAAGUUGCAGGAGAAGUAUGGAGUCUCCACCAAAGAUAAGUAA